CGGACGGCAGUUUUGCAUCGGCCAUUCUACACAACUGGUUACGAGCUUUUCGAUUGCUGUUCAAGAAAAGAAACAAAAAAUUCUGUUCUUGUUCUUUUUUUUUUCUUCGCUCUACCUCACCUGGUUUUUACUUCUAAUUGGAUAGCCUUUUACGUCGCCUGUUGUGUACGAAAAAGUGAACACACACACACGUCAAUCAGUGCGCCUAUUUUUCGGGUUGUGGUGGAAAUCGCGAUUUUCAAAUCGCACAAUUAAAGAAAUCAACUGUAACACCCUUAAAAAAAAAAAAAAAAAAGAAAGAAAAUUCUAAAUCAACGAUGAACAGAACGUGAAAAAAAAAGGUGUGCGGAAGCUUCGGAUGUGAUUUUUGUUUCUACAUGUGUGCGCUCCUGAUUUGCAAGUGGCCGUAAAAAAAAAAAUCAAUCGUGUGAUACAAGUGUGUGAUUCAUGCCUUUAUUGACUGUGACAGCACCCUCGUUUGUCUUGUUCUUCUUUAAGCUAUGGUGUAUCCGUGGGAUAGGAAGCUGUGGUGGAGAAUCUUUGCAUACAUCUCGUUAGUUAUCCUGGUCAGGUGCCAGCAAUCAUUGAAAACGAGCCCAUACGAGGGAGAUGGCCAUCCAGCGAACAGGACACACUGGAUGGGAGCGAGGGGAGACAAAGGAUCGGACGAUGAGAUAGUGACAUCGAUGGCGAUGGUUCAGUCAAGACGGACGGCCGGCGAUGGCGCCGGCCGCACCAAGCGCGAUAUCUUUCACCUCUACAACAUGAUGAGUUGCACCACGCACUGCGAUCCACUUUCCUACAAAGGUUACGGCUGUUAUUGCGGCUUUCUCGGCUCCGGGCUCACCGUCGACGCCAUCGACAGGUGUUGCAAGAAACACGAUUUUUGUUACGGAGCAACUCCUUGCCGCCACCAGUCGCUUAUCUACUUUGUUCCGUACAAAUGGAAAUGCAACGGCGGCCAUCCUUAUUGCGUCACGGGAUACGGGCAAAUGAAGGCUAGCGACAUUUGCGCACAUCACCUGUGCGAAUGCGACCGACAGUUCGCCGAAUGCAUCCGUAAUUAUCCGUGCCCGGCGAAGAAGACUACCUGCCCGUCCAACCCGCUCAGAAGUCUCGGCUAAAACAAACAGCAUGAAAAAACGUGGUUUAAAAAUUUGGCAGCAAAAACAAAAGAUUGAAAUCAAUUACACGCGCAUAGCCAUAAUUCUAUUCGUUAUCUUCGAAAUGAAGUGCCCAUUCGAAUAACUUGAUUCGCAUUUGUGGUAUGCCUUUUUUUGUUUUGUUGCUACGUGUAAAUGAUUCUCUCUUUUUCCACCUUUGUUUUUUUGGUUUUUUUUUUUAAAGAACCUCACAACCCGCCUGUCUCUUUAAACGUUUCCUGCCUUUUGUUUUGUUCCCCGUGUUCAAAAGCACUGCCCACAUGAGUGCUCUGCCUACAUUAUCUUUGUUUAAUUCCUUCCCAUCCUUUUGUAUUGAGUUUAUUUUUUUCGCUACACAUUUUUUUUUGCUAUAAGAUUUUGAAUAAUAAACAGAAAUGAAAUGGAAA